AUGUUCGCCAGCGAGACUGCAGUGUGGGAAUUGGGCGAGCACCGGGAGUGGGUGAGAAGGGAUUACCAGGCUGAAGAGAGACUGGGGCUUGACAAGGAAGAGUAUGAUAGAGAGACUCAGAGAUUGAAACAGGAAUACGAGGAAUGGGAGACGGAGUGUAAGAGGAUGGAGAUGGAGAAAGCUGCCGGGGAAGUGGAUCGGGCUUGGGAGAAGGAGGUGAUGGAAUUCCAAGACGAUGUCGAUGCCCUGGAGUUUGCGUUCUUGGGGAAGCAGGAUCGACGCAGGAAGAAUGGGGCAAGGGGCAGGAAGCGACCGUCUAAGCAGAGCCGCGUCAGAGUCUACCAUGGCGCAGCUAAGGGCGUCUGUAAAUGUAUCAGAGCUUAUGACUCGAGCGCGAAUACUCCGACCAUGUCUUCAUACUCCACGAACGACGCCUACUUAUUCGUGGGGUGCGGGUACACAAUCGUUGUGGCUAAGGCAUGGGGGUGUAUGUCUCAGCCAAACGACCAAUCUUUCCUCUUGCUAGAAAACACAUCCGCUGUGUGCCCGACGGCUUGCUUUUCAGCUUAUCUUUCUGUACCCUCAACAUUCGCAUGUAUCGUAACAACCAUUGGAGUUUCCUCAGUUGAACGCACACUGAAACAGUAA